AGCAGUAGCCGAACUCUUCCCAUGGAUAGUUCCAUAUGGUAUGAAUCUGCCCACCAAACCCUGUAUUCUUUUCCUCUUCCCCUUCCUCAAGAAAGCAGAUUCCAGAAUUGUAUCUCACUCCCCAACUGAACCAUCCAUCCUUUAUAAUCGAACUCCAACCUAAAACCACCGUAAAAGCCUGCGAUUUCAAGCAACUCUGUUGUUUUUGUUCCUGAUUCUGAAUUCUUCUCAGUUCAGUUCUUCAAAUAUGAUGCUCAGAGUCCGAAGCCGCGACGGCUUGGAGCGAGUUUCUAUCGACAGCCCACAAAUUACAGUCUCCCAACUCAAAACCCUAAUCCAAUCCCAGCUCCAAAUCCCCGUCCAAAACCAGACCCUCUCAACCAAUCAGAAUCUCCUCUUGGCCAAAACCCCCGCCGAUCUUCUCAAAUUCACCGACAUGUCCAAUCCUUCUACCCCUCUCUCUGCGCUCAAUCUCUCCCAUGGCUCCAUUGUUUUCCUCACCUACGAUGGGGAGCGCACUGUUUCCGGCCCAACCUUCCACCCCGCCGGUUCCUUCGGCCGCAAGAUGACCAUGGACGACCUCAUCGCCAAGCAGAUGCGGGUCACGCGCCAGGAGAACCCGCAUUGCGAGCUCGUCUCCUUCGACCGCGACUGUGCCAACGGGUUCCAGCACUACGUCAACGAGACGCUCGCGUUCGCCGUCAAACGUGCAGGGUUCAUGUACGGCACUGUCUCGGAUGAAGGGAAAGUUGAAGUGGAUUUCAUCUACGAGCCGCCACAGCUAGGGACCGAGGAGAAUUUGGCAAUUCUGAGAAACCCAGAUGAGGAAAAGUUUGUGGAAGCGAUUGCGGUUGGGUUGGGAAUGACGAAGGUCGGGUUCAUAUUCACGCAGACGAUAAGUCAGGACAAGAAGGACUACACUUUGUCGAACAGAGAGGUGCUUCAGGCGGCGGAGUUUCACGCCGAGAGUGGGCUGAAGGAGUGGGUCACGGCCGUGGUGAAGCUCGAGGUGAAUGAGGAAGGUGCGGCUGAUGUGCAUUUCGAGGCGUUUCAGAUGAGUGAUACGUGUAUUAAGUUGUUCAAGGAAGGGUGGUUCGAGACCGACAUCGCCCAGGACGCCGAUCCCAAGCUGUCGAAGAUGAAAAAGGAUGUAGUGGUUGGAGUGAAGGAUACAAGGGAGGUUGAUAAUGAUUUUUUCUUGGUGGUGGUUAAGAUCUUCGAUCACCAGGGUCCACUCACAUCAACAUUUGCUGUUGAGAACCGGAAUACCCCUGUGACCAUGAGGGCGCUGAAGAAUCAUCUGGACCGCACAAAGAGUCUUCCUUUUGUGAAGCGCAUAUCAGAUUUUCAUUUACUGCUUUUACUGGCCAGAUUUUUAGAUCUCAGUUCUGAUGUUCCCGCACUGGCUGAGUGUGUGCAGAGACAGACAGCUGUUCCAGAAGGUUACCAGCUCCUAAUCGAGUCCUUGGCCAGUGCUUAAUGUUAGUUGUCUCCUUUGAGAUCUGACACACACCUUUUCAUUUGGGAUGAUUAUGGACAUUUAUUUAUGCUCAAUUUGAAUAGGUGCUCUUAAGAAAUCUCUAUUGCUUUCUGGUGCAAUGCAUUCCCCCAAAUGUGUUAGUUAUAAAAUAGAUCCAUGCAUUGGCAGUUCAAGGUUGUAUCAAAAUUAUGAUUGCGUUGGAUCCUCCUUAUAUUUAUGUUUGGUGGAAGGAGCUGAGAUUUAUGGUUGGAUGUGUUGUGGUGUUACGACCGACUGCAAGUAAAUUAUGUAUCAUCUUAUACUUAGAUGUGAAAUUAUAGUAUGAAUUCUAUGGCUUAA